GAGGAGGCGGGUCUGGCCGGGGCAGAGCCGGGCCUUCGUCUCCUUCCCGAGCCCUUGUUUUGCAGGGGCGGAGGAGGAGGCACCAUGGCCGGCUUGGAGCUGCUCUACACCUCGGUGGCGCCCGAGCUGGGCUGCGCGCAGGACGCCUUGCUCUGCUUCGUGCAUUGGAAGCUGAUCACGCGCGACUAUCGCUGCCUCGGGCCCGGGGAUCAGCCAGGCGCCAACGAGAGGAAGUCGGAAAUGCUGCCCGCCGGCUGGAAUGCCGACAAGGAACUCUACACUCUGCGCUACCGGCUGAAGGACGAUUCUCACGACCUGCUGGUGAAAGCCAUUUUGAUGGACAACAGCAUCAUUCUCAACGUCAUGGAUCCCAAAACACAGAAAGUGGCGGAUCUCACCUUGAAAGUGACCGACUACAUUGACCCAGAACAUCUGGCCGAUUUUGACAGGGUGUAUCGGAACGUGGAGGAGUUGCAGACCCAGAUUGUGCAUCACAUAAUCUCCCCUUUUGAAACCUCGAAGCGGCAAAGCAACGCCAAGGAGGAAGAGCCAAAACGGGAGAGGAACCCCUCCCCACCCAAUCCUCCUGACCACGACCCUCUCUGGAUCCCACCUCGACAUCCUCAUGGCAGCCGGCAGCCCAACUGGCCAGAUCCACUCAGUCCGUUUGAUAUCGGCAGACAAGAUCUGGAUCCUUUGGGCGGCCGAGGCGGAGGAGGAAUGAUCUUUGAUCCGCUUCGGUCAGGAUUUCGGAAUCCUGUUCUGGACCCCUCUUCUGGGCUCCCCAGCAGACUCCCCCCUGGCUCCGUUCCUCCCGGGGCCAGGUUUGACCCGUUUGGACCCCCGGGGGCCGGCCGGAGUGGGCCUAAUCCUGACCAUCUUCGCCCUCCGGACUAUGACGACAUGUUCAUGUGACAACGGCAGAGAUUCAACAUCUCUUUCCCAGCAGAUUGACAUCUGACAUUUAUCCAGACGUGGGACAGAGUUGGCCUGUUAUGCAGUGGUUUUCUCUCCUGGCCCCCGGGUUUUAGUCCCCUUCCUAUAAACCCAAAGAGAAACAGCACAGU